GUUGGCCUUGAAACACCUAGCACUCCGAGAUGUGGCAAGGACACAGGGAAAAACCCACCUCCACCCGCUCGAUGCCCAAGGACCUGGUGGACCCCGAGAGGCGGCUGCCGCCGUGGAGCCGGCUUCUGGAGCACAAUGCGGAAGGUUGUCCGCGGAGGAGGAGUGGGGAGAAGGAGGAGCACUACGAGGUGGAGAUCAGCAACCACCUGUGGUCACUUUGGGGCACCACGCAGCAAGUGAGUCCAGGGGAGCAUGGCUCCGCGCUGGAGUCCGCAUCCGGCAGGACCGCAGCUCCAGGCCAGGUGCUGGCAUGCUGUGUGAUGGCCUGUUGCGCCGGCACCUUUCAGUGCCUGGACUCCUGGAACUCCAGCGCGCUGGACACGAUCAUGCUGAACGGGCAGGGCUACUACAACGAAAGCUUGGCGAGCAGGCAACGCUGGGCGCGCAGAGGGGAUCUCUGCCUGGAGUGCCUGAACACCACCUGCUUUCUCGAAGGUCGUGAGUUUUGGGUGGACAUCGAGAAGUUCAACACCGGCAAGCUGUACAGCAGGAGCAGGAGUCUGGGACACGCGCUGAGCGUGUUCUUUGGCCAGCACUUGCAAACGGGGGUUCUCCAGCUGAGGGACCAGGCUCUGGCCUUCGGCUUCAUACCCGAGUUCGCCUCCGGAGGAGCCUUCUUCCUGUUCCACUGCCAGGCGCGCGGGAGGCCCCUUUUCAGGGACUGCGAGAGCGCCCCAUAUGUGCUCCGGAUGCGGAAGCUGCAGCAGCUGCUCUACUGCAUGCUCGUCACUCUGGACGAGAAGCGCCACAAUGUGCCCUUCAGGAUCUACAAGGUGGGCUGUGUUCCCCGCUCUAAUUAGCCGGACUACUGGCCAAACUGAAAUGUAUACCUAAAAUUAUAGUGCGCGCAUUAGGCCAGAAUAUACAGAUGGCAAAGAUAUCAUA